UCCUGAUGAAAAUGGUGGCCUUUGUCCAUGCUGUCGUCCUUCCGUUCCUGUUGGCUACGGCCAACGGGCUUGGUUGCCACCUCCAUUCUUUCAACGUGACCCUCAAGAGUGACCGCCAAGGGACCUGCCGGGGCAUCCAGACCCUCCAGGCCUGUGUCGGAUUCUGCGAGUCCAGUGCCUUCCCGUCCAAAUACUCCGUCCUCGUGGCCAGUGGUUUCCAGCACAACGUCACCUCCGUCUCCCAGUGCUGCACCAUCGCCAAGAUGCAGAAGGUCAAGGUGCGGCUGCGCUGCGGGGAGAGCUGGCGUGAAACGACGGAGCUCUUCACGGCCAAGGCUUGCCAGUGCGACAUGUGCCGCCUCUCCAGAUAUUAGCGGACACACUGCGUGUUGCUGUUAUUUGUUUACUUUGUU